AACAAGAUGGCUGCGCCCAUGCGGGUAUGUUGUGCUGCGUAUUCCAGAAGAAUAUUUCAGCUUUCAAGGUUCUAUGGAAGAGGAACAUACUUUUCAGUCACUACCAGACAAGAAGAAACCAUCAAGUUGGUUUCAGCGAGAUGCUUUCACCAAAGCCCUUGCUCAAAGUGCUCUACUCCAGCUAAUAAUGCAACGCAACAUCUUGGGAAACAGCCCAACGUCUUUCAGCAUUUUAAAUGGCUGUCUGAGAAAUCCCCAGCGUUCCCUGUCUGCGGUGAUAAGAUUACAAUUCUGGAAGGACCUACAGACUUUUACAACACACUCAAGGCGCGUAUUAAAAACAGCAAACAUCGGAUCGUUCUGACUUCUCUGUAUUUAGGAACAGGACCCAAAGAAGAGGAACUGGUAGCCUCACUCCAUGACGCCUGCAGGAGGUCACACCUCAACGGCAACACCUCGGCACCUCUCAAGCUGCGCAUCCUCCUCGACUGCACCAGAGGCACACGAGGGAAGCAUAACUCCUGUACGAUGCUGAGACCUCUCCUUCAGACCUUCCCAGCCGAGGUCCAAGUUGCCCUCUACCACACCCCAGACCUCAGAGGUAUCCUCAAGAGGCUGAUCCCUGAGAGGUAUAAUGAGGUCAUUGGACUUUCACAUCUUAAGAUAUUCAUCUUUGAUGAUACAGUGAUCAUAAGUGGUGCGAAUCUCAGUGAGUCAUAUUUCACUAAUCGUCAGGACCGUUACGUGAUGCUUGAAGACUGCCCUCACUUGGCAGACUUCUUCAACGAGCUGGUGGCCACGGUCAGUUCUUUCUCCUUCCAGCUCAACCCAGACGACACUUUGACCCUUGACCCAGAGUUCAACAUACACCCGUUUGAAGGUGAAAAAAAUAAAUUUAAAGAUAUCGCUAGAGAAAAAGUACAACGUGUGCUGGAACCUUUGAGGUGGACCCACCCAACCAGAAAACCGGCCUCGUUGAGCCACACCGAGGACCUGAAAUACUCGCACAGGAAAACGAUUUGGAGGAAACAUAGAAACCUCAGCGAUGACAUCAUCGGCCGAGAAUCGCUGCGAGGAAUGCACAAAGAUGUCACUGUUGACAAUAGUGAGACAUCUGAUGAGAUCAGGUCCUCAGAGCUCUGGGCUGCUCUCGAUUCCAAGUCUGAAAUGAAAGUUGAGGGUGCGUCGGAAGAAAGACUGAUGAUGGAUUAUCCCGAGACUCAAAACCCAAGCAAGGAUUUUUCUGUUAAAUCGGUUCGGGAGGAAGCGAAGCCAGGCUGUUGCGGUGAUACAGUUAUCUUUCCUCUCGUCCAGAUGGGGUCAUUUGGGGUCAGACUGGACCAAGAGGUCACAGGUCAGCUCUUGCGGACAGCUGAGCCGGGCUCUCAUUGUGUACUAGCCUCUGGAUAUUUUAACCUGACGAAGGAGUAUAUGGAGUUGGUGGUAGGGUCAAAGGCCAAGUAUGACAUCUUGAUGGCCUCACCCAAGGCCAAUGGUUUCUACGGUGCCAAGGGUAUCUCAGGCUUUGUCCCCGAUGCUUACACCUUCAUCGCCAAGAACUUCUGGAGGAAAGUUUGCCGACGGAACCAAGAAGACAGAAUCACAAUGUACGAGUACCACAGGCAGGACUGGACCUUCCAUGUCAAAGGUUUGUGGUACUAUCUUAAUGGAAUGUCAUUGCCGUCACUUACAAUGAUCGGAUCACCAAACUUUGGUCAUAGGUCAGUACACCGUGACCUUGAGGCCCAGCUAGCCAUCGUGACAACCAAUGUAAAGUUACAGAAACAACUUCAUCAGGAGCAGCAACGUUUAUUUAAGAAGUCCCAACCAGUCUCCUCAUCCACGUUUAAAGAGAAAGAUCGCAUCGUUCCAGUCUGGGCGAGAAUCUUCACUUUCGUCACUAGAAACUUCUUCUGAGUUUAAUGCCAGGAAGCUCUUUGUUGUCACUGCCAACGGUGAGAUCACUUUCCAAAAAUGUGGAAUGAUCCAUUUUCCCACCUGUCAGAAGAAACUUACAUUGGAGGCUAAGGUCAGUCCGAUACCCAUGAGAUGGCAAAUUUUCGUUUUAAAUGUGUAUUUAAUUCUGAAACGUACACUGCCUGUUCAAGUACACACACACAAAACUUUUCUGCUUAUCAAAAAAGUACAACACAGUUUUUUGUGUGCAUGUAUGCGUACUCAAGACCUGCGGCUUAAUGUCCCAUCAGAAGUACAAAGCAACUAUUGAAAGCGUCUUAGGCCAGGAUUCGCACAUGCCACUAUAAGUACCAUCAGAAGGCCAACGUAUUUGUGAUGAGGUUUUUUGCUCAAGGAGGCAAGCAUGAUGACUAGGUAGACCAAGAAUCGAACCUGUCACUGAAUGUCCAUCAGAAGGACAAAUCAAUUAUGGUCAAGUGUUCUGCUUAAGAACGUUAGUAUUGCAACUAAACCUGAUCAGGAUUUGAGCCUGCCAUCAGAAAGAUAAAGCAAAUAAUAGUGUCUUACUCAAGAACAUGAAUAGCUAGACCAGGAUUCGAACCUGCCACUUAACUUCACUAGCCAGUGAGUCCGAAGAGUCUCAUUAGAAUUGACCAGGCCAGGAUUCAAACCUACCACUUAACUUCACUAGCCAGUGAGUCCGAAGAGUCUCAGUAGAAUUGACCAGGCCAGGAUUCGAACCUACCACUUAAUACCCUUUCAGAAGGACAUGGCAGUGUAUUAGAAGUAUCUCUCUCAAGAAGACAAGCAUCAUUACUAGCCAGACAAGGAGUCAAACCUGCCACUUUAUUGCACUGGGAAUGAAAAGAAAGGUCCCAUGCUCUGUCACCUCAAAAUAAAUCCAGAAAUUUCCAACAAUAAUUUUGUGGCAUAUUAAGUGUUGAUUCACUCAAUCAUUAAAGGUGUGAACUUUCUGAACACAAAAUGGGUCUUUACCAAAAUAUAAAGAAUGUUUGAAAUAUAUUUUAAAGCAAUAUUAACUCUUACCUCAAUUGUUAUAUUACAACUAAUUUUAAGUCUGAACGUCACAAGUUUCCAUAUUAUAAUUUUUUAAGAUUAAAGACAGUGUACACUAUUGGUAAUUGUCAAAGAUCAGUCUUCUCACUUGGUGU